AUGGCCGCCGUCGACCCCGUGACAAGGAAGCGAGUUCUUCGUGUGAUUGUUACGUCUCUUCUCUUGGAUCUGAUCUCAUUCACUUUCAUCCUCCCGCUGUUCCCCAAGCUGCUCGAGUUCUACCGCGACCGCGAAGCCCCCUCGCUCCUCGACGACGGCCCGCCGACGCUGCUGCAGCAUGUACUCACCGGCUUGAACAAAUACAAGGCUGCAUUCUCGCGGCCGAUAGACUCCCGAUAUGAUAUUGUCCUGCUGGGAGGAGCUACUGGCUCCCUGUUCUCCUUGCUUCAGGCCGUUGCGUCCCCGGUGAUUGGCCGUCUCUCCGACCGCUAUGGCCGCCGCAAGGCCCUUCUCACUUCGAUGUGCGGCAACAUUCUGUCCGUGCUCCUUUGGGUUGCCGCAGUCGACUUUCGCACCUUCAUCGCAAGCCGAGUAGUCGGCGGUCUUUCCGAAGGCAAUGUACAGCUUACGACGGCCAUGGCCAGCGAUAUAUCAGAUGAGGCCACGCGCGGCCAGACCAUGGCCAUCAUUGGCGCGUGCUUCUCCAUCGCGUUCACCUUUGGUCCCGGACUCGGUGCUUGGCUCAGCACGAUUUCGAUUGUCUCAGCAAACCCCUUUGCCACUGCGGCAGGGAUUAGCCUGGUACUCAUCGUGACAGAGACGGUUUACCUGUACCUGUGCUUGCCAGAAACCCUGCCUGCCUUGACCGGACAAGGGAGUAAGGGCGCGAACGGAAAGAACGAAAAGAAGGGCGCUGCUGUUCCCGUGGAAAGAACGAACUCGCCAGCAUUGCUCUACGCUGUCCACUUCUUUUUCAUCUUGUUCUUUUCUGGCAUGGAAAGCUCACUGUCCUUCAUGACGUACGAGCUAUUCGGAUUUACCUCCGGUCGUAACGGCAGGCUGCUUGGAUACAUUGGCUUCGUCGCUUCCAUCUUGCAAGGCGGUGUCACGCGACGGUUGCCACCGUUGCUCUCCGUUCGCAUCGGCGUCAUUGCGUGCCUGGCGUCCUUCUUCUUGCUCGGACGAAUCACGACCGUUCGCGGCCUGUAUGCGGCUGCCACCUGCUUGGCUGUCACAUCGGCCACUGUAGUCAGCAGCCUCAACGCCCUGACAAGCUUUGAGGCAAGAGAAGACGAGCGCGGUAGCAAGCUGGGCGUUUUGCGGAGCUGGGGACAGCUGGGCCGCGGAUUAGGACCGAUUCUGUUUACCAGCGUGUACUGGUGGGCCGGCCGGGAGGUUGCAUACACGAUGGGAGCCACCGGCGUUGCCGUUGUCGCAGCGGCCGUGUUGAUGGGAUUGAAGACACCCAAGAGGGUCGCGAGCACGAAGGCUACGAAGGCCCGGUAA